CACACGCUUGGUUCUGCUUAAGUCAAUAGGAUGGCGGGUUUAAUCGAAGUACUGAGUGAGAAUACACAAAUUGUUCUUGUCACGUCAGUGAUAGCCUGUGUGAUACUUUUAAUAGUGUAUUUUCUCAAUUAUAGUGAUCAAGGUGAUGCAACUCAGAACUCAAAAGAUUUGGACAGCAACAUUGAACAGAAAGAAUCAAGAGGAAGUCAAAACAAGAAAAAAAAAGGCACAUCUGAGAAACGACGUGAUGCAAAAACUCAUUAUACUCAUCCCUGGUUGGUAUGUACCUUGAAAGGCCACAGUGGCAACAUUCUUGACAUGGACUUCAGUAGCAAUGGGAAAUACUUGGCUUCUUGUGCAGAAGAUCGAGCAGUUCUGUUGUGGAGUGUGAAGACUUUUACUCAGAAAGAACACAAGUCUAUUCGUGCCAAUGUGGAGUUUGAUCAUGCUACUCGAGUGAAAUGGAGUCCAGACAGUAAAGCUUUCAUUAUCUGUCAGGGUUUAGGAAACACUAUACAGGUGUAUAAGGUUGGGAAGAAGGAUGAUGGUUCUCCAGGAAACAUUGAACCAAUACUAACAUUUCCUCAACAUCAUACAAAGGACAUCAUCAAUAUAGGAAUAUCUUGCAAUGGUCGAUUCAUUAUGACAUGCUCAUCUGAUACCCUGAUGGUCAUCUGGGACUUGAAAGGAGAGGUUUUAACCAGUAUAGAUACUCAUCAUGUAAACAACUACUGGGGAUGUGUUUCUCCAUGUGGAAGGUUUGUGGCAUCAUCAGGUUUUACUCCAGAUGUAAAAGUAUGGGAAGUUAUCUUUAGCAAAGCAGGGGAUUUCAAGGAAGUAAAACGAGCUUUUGAACUGAAGGGCCACUCCGCAGGUGUUUACAGUUUUGCAUUCUCCAAUGACUCUAGCAGAAUGGCCUCAGUAUCUAAAGACCAAACAUGGAGAUUGUGGGACACCAACAUUGAAUACCAGAAAGGCCAAGAACCUUAUCUCUUACUGAAAGGAGAAUUUGCUAGCCUAUCUCCCAGUAUAAUAGCUCUUUCACCAGAUGGCAGAACAGUAGCCAUAGCCUCUUCCAAAAGUGUUUCUGUAUUUUCAAGGGCAACUGGAGAAGAAAGUGAAAGACUUGAAGAAGUUCACUCAGGCCCAAUCAAAGCUUUACAGUUUUCUCAGAGUGGUAAAUACUUACUUGUUGCGGGAGAGAAGCACAUUCGAGUCUUCCAUAAUAUCCAGGGUUACAAGAACACCGUCCAUGAACUAGAAGAAAAAAAGAAACAUGCCAAUAACCAAACCUUUAAGGAACGACUACAGUCUCAAAUAGAUGAAGCCAAAUCCGCACUUAAAGCCAUAGAGAAGAUGGAAGAAUAACACACUAUGGAUUCUGUAUGCCAUAAUAAAAAAUUCACUGUGACUUUUGUAAAUGAGGUGUUGUUUGCCUAAUGACUUCAGAUGUUUCAGAUACAUUCUUUUACAAGCACA